CAUCAGGAAGCAGGCCACUCUCCCACCAAACUUCGGGCAGAGCCACCGGCAGAGCAUAAGCACCUCGGGCUUCCCGUCUCUUCAGCUCCCUCAGUUUUACGACCCGGUGGAGCCGGGGGACUUUGAAGGACUUCUGAUGUCCCACCUGAGCAGCCUGGAUGUGGAGCUGGCCCAGGAGCUGGGGGACUUCAAGGAAGAUGACCUGGAUGUGGCAUUCACGCCCAAGGACUGCAGGACCCUGCAGCCCUCACUGCCCGAGGAAGGUGUUGAACUGGACGCUCACGUCAGAGACUGCGUGCAGACCUACGUGCGAGACUGGCUGAUUGUGACCCGGAAGAGCCAAGGGGGCUGGGAGCCGUGCGGCCUCAGGAAGACCGGUUCCCGGAAGGACUUCCACAAGACACUGCAGAGACAGACGUUUGAAUCUGAGGCCUCAGAGAAUGCGGAACCCAGCACUGAGACGGCCCCCUGCAGCCUGCGGGCUCUGUGUGGCGGUUCCGGGAAGGGCCCGCUCACGGCCUGCGACUUCACCCUGCGCAGCCUGCAGCCCGACCCGCGCCUGGAGGGCCUGCUGCAGCAGGUCAGCGCCCAGGACGUGGAGCAGCGCAACGAGGAGGCCCGCAGGAGCGGCCGGCCCGCCCAGCUCUUUGCCCUCUGCCCGCCCCUGGAUGAGGAGGGUGCUGUGGAAAUCCGUCCGGUCCCUGAGUGUCCCAAGGAGCACCUGGGCCACCGAAUACUGGUCAAGCUGCUGGCGCUGAAGUUCGAGAUUGAGAUUGAGCCUCUGUUUGUCAGCCUCGCCCUGUAUGACGUGAGAGAAAGGAAGAAGAUAUCUGAGAAUUUCCACUGUGACCUGAACUCGGACCAGCUCAGAGGGUUCCUGCGGGCACAUACGCCGUCCGUGGCCACGUCCAGCCAAGCGAGAUCGGCCGUCUUCUCCGUCACCUACCCCUCCUCAGACAUCUACCUGGUGGUCAAGAUUGAGAAGGUGCUCCAGCAGGGGGAGAUUGGAGACUGUGCAGAACCCUACCUGGUCAUCAGAGAGAGUGAGGGCGGAAAGAACAAAGACAAGACUGAGAAGCUGAAGCUGCAGGCGGAGGCCUUCUGCCAGCGUCUGGGAAAGUACCGGAUGCCCUUUGCCUGGGCGCCCCUGAGCCUGAACAGCUUCUCCAACAUCUCCUCCCUCGACCGCGAGGGGCCUGACACAGAGGCUGCGGUCGGGAGAGGCCCCGGUGGCGGCGGCGAGCGGCGGACACUGUCGCAGUCCAGGAGGCUUUCAGAGCGCGCCCUGUCCUUGGAGGAAAACGGGUUCAUGUCCAGCUUCAAAACCACCCCCUUGACCAUCACCAACUUCUUCAAGCAGGAAGGAGACCGCCUGAGUGAUGAAGACUUGUUCAAGUUCCUGGCCGACUACAGAAGGUCUUCGUCCCUGCAGAGAAGGGUCAAGUCCAUUCCAGGACUGCUGAGACUGGAGGUCUCCCCGGCUCCCGACACGCUCCCCGGCUGCCUGACUCCGGAAAUGCUGCCUGUGGCCCCUUCUUCUGAAAACCGGACGCGCCCGCACAAAGAGAUCUUGGAAUUCCCCAUCCGGGAAGUCUAUGUCCCCCACACUGUGUACAGGAACCUGCUCUACAUCUACCCACAGAGACUCAACUUCGCCAACAAGCUGGCCUCCGCCCGCAACAUCACCGUAAAGAUCCAGUUCAUGUGCAGCGAGGACCCCAGCCAGGCCAUGCCCGUCAUCUUUGGGAAGUCCAACGGGCCCGAGUUCCUGCAGGAGGUAUACACAGCCAUCACGUACCACAACAAGUCACCUGACUUCUAUGAGGAGGUGAAACUCAAGCUGCCCGCCAAGCUGACCACCAGCCACCACCUGCUGUUCACCUUCUACCACGUCAGCUGUCAGCAGAAGCAGGGUGGCUCUGUGGAAAGCCUCCUGGGCUACUCGUGGCUACCGAUCCUGAUGAACGAGCGUCUCCAGACGGGGUCCCACUGCCUCCCCAUCGCCCUGGAGAAGCUGCCCCCCAACUACUCCAUGCACUCCGCAGAGAAAGUGCCCUUACAGAACCCGCCCAUCAAGUGGGCCGAAGGCCACAAGGGGGUGUUCAGCGUUGAAGUGCAGGCCGUCUCCUCCGUCCACACCCAGGACAACCACCUGGAGAAGUUCUUCACGCUCUGCCACGCGCUGGAGAGCCAGGUGACCUUCCCGCUGCGCGUGCUGGACCAGAAGGUCAGCGAGGCGGCGCUGGAGCACGAGCUGAAGCUCAGCAUCAUUUGCCUCAACUCCUCCCGCCUGGAGCCGCUCGUCCUCUUCCUGCACCUGGUGCUGGACAAGCUCUUCCAGCUCUCGGUGCAGUCCCUGGUCAUCGCCGGCCAGACGGCCAACUUCUCCCAGUUCGCCUUCGAGUCGGUGGUGGCCAUUGUCAACAGUCUGCACCACAGCAAGGACCUGAGCAGGGACCAGCACGGGCGGAACUGCCUGCUGGCCUCCUAUGUCCACUACGUCUUCCGCCUGCCUGAGCCGCACAGGGACCUGCCUAAGUCUGGGAGCCCGGCCGGAGGCGGCCCCAGUCCUUCCCCGGACCCUCGCUACCACACGUACGGACGCACCUCGGCUGCCGCCGUGAGCUCGAAGCUGCUGCAGGCGCGCGUGGUGAGCAGCAGCAACCCAGACCUGGCGGGGACUCACUCUGCAGCCGAUGAGGACGCCAAGGGCCUUGUGUCGGGGAAGAUCCCUGAUCGAAACUGCAACCGAGUAUCCUACUACAGUUCCGGCAGCAGCGAUGCUCCUGGCUCCGCCGCAGCCCCGAGGCCGGCCAGCAGAAAGCACUUCCACGAGGAGCUGGCCCUGCAGAUGGUGGUCAGCACGGGCAUGGUGAGGGAGAACGUCUUCAAGUACGCCUGGUUCUUCUUCGAGCUCCUGGUGAAAAGCAUGGCACAGUAUGUGCACAACUUGGACAAGAAGGACCAUUUCCGGAGGGCACGCUUCUCUGACCGGUUCAAAGACGACAUAACCACCAUUGUCAACGUGGUCACCUCGGAGAUCGCUGCCCUCCUGGUCAAACCCCAGAAGCUCUCCGCCAAGCUAAGCACCCUUCCGAUGCUCAUCUCCAUGCGGCUGGAGUUCCUGAGAGUCCUCUGUAGCCACGAGCACUACCUCAACCUGAACCUCUUCUUCGUGGACCCCGACACAGGGCCCCCGUCGCCCUGCCCCUCCAUAUCUUCCCAGAACUCCAGCUCGGGCUCCAGCCUCCCAGAGCACAAGGUGGCCAGCAUGUUCGACCUGACCCCCGAGUACCGGCAGCAGCACUUUCUGACCGACCUGCUCUUCACGGAACUCGCCGCCGCGCUGGACGCUGACGGGGAAGAGGUCAGCAAAGUGCAAAGAAAGGCCGUCAAUGCCAUCUACAGCCUACUGAGCAGUCACGACCUGGACCCCAGGUGUGCUAGGCCGGAGGUCAAGGUCAAGGUUGCCGCCCUCUACCUGCCGCUGGUGGGCAUCAUCCUGGAUGCUUUGCCGCAGUUCUAUGACUUCACAGACACCCGUGGUGGGAAAGGCCGAGCCAAUGGCUUGGAUGAGGACCAGGAGGCAGGAAGCUCGGCCCCCCAGAGCGUGGUGCUGGCUGUCGCCGGGACCCAUUUUAAUCUGAAGACCAGCGGGACCAUCUUCUCUGUGCCCUACAAGCAGUGCAGCGUGCUGAGUGCCGACACCACCCGCAGCCUCAUGCUCUGCUUCCUGUGGAUCCUGAAGACGGCCGAGCAGAGCCUGGUGCGCAGGUGGGUGGCCGACCUGCCCUCGCUGCAGCUCACCAGGAUCCUGGACCUGCUCUUCCUCUGCGUCUCCUGCUUUGAGUACAAGGGGAAGCAGAGCUCAGACAAGGUCAGCACCCAGGUCCUGCAGAAGUCCAGGGAUGCCAAGGCUCGGCUAGAGGAGGCGCUGCUGCGGGGGGAAGGGGCUCGAGGGGAGAUGAUGCGGCGGUGCCGGACUCCAGGGAACGACCGGUUCCCAGGCCUCAGUGAGAACCUGCGCUGGAGGAAGGAGCAGACCCACUGGCGGCAGGCAAACGAGAAACCAGAUAAGACGAAGGCAGAGUUGGACCAAGAGGCCUUGGUGAGCGGCAACCUGGCUACAGAAGCGAGUCUGAUCAUCCUGGACAUGCAGGAGAACAUUAUCCAGGCCAGCUCGGCGCUGGACUGGAAAGACAGCCUGCUCGGUGGUGUCCUGAGGGUCCUGGUGAACUCACUGAGCUGCGACCAGAGCACCACGUACCUGGCCCACUGCUUCGCCACGCUGCGUGCGCUCAUCGCCAAGUUUGGAGACCUGCUGUUCGAGGAGGAGGUGGAGCAGUGUGCCGACCUGUGCCAGAGGCUGCUGCACCACUGCAGCAGCGGCCUUCACACCACGCGGCGCCAAGCCUGUGCCACCCUUUACCUGCUCAUGCGCUUCAGCUUUGGAGCCGUCAGUGUGGAGGAGCUCCUGUGCAACCUGAACAGCAUCCUCUACGACACGGUGAAGAUGCGGGAGUUCCAGGAGGACCCUGAGAUGCUCAUGGACCUCAUGUACAGGGGGGGCUUGUACGAGACAGUGAACGAAGUGUACAAGCUGGUCAUCCCCAUCCUGGAGGCCCACCGAGACUUCCGGAAGCUGACCUCCACCCACAGCAAGCUGCAGAAGGCCUUCGACAGCGUCCUGAGCAAGGGCCAGAAGAGAAUGUUUGGGACCUAUUUCCGGGUUGGUUUCUACGGAUCUAAGUUUGGGGAUCUGGCUGACCAGGAGUUUGUGUACAAAGAACCAGCCAUCACCAAGCUCCCAGAGAUCUCUCACAGGCUGGAGGCUUUUUAUGGGCAGUGCUUCUGGGCCCUGUGGGUAGCUGGAGGGCCGGGCUCCUCCCCCGUGCCCCUCCCCCCUCACCUGUGUGCCCCCCCCCCCCUCCAGGCCUACAUCCAGAUCACCUUUGUGGAGCCUUACUUCGAUGAGUACGAGAUGAAAGACAGGGUGACCUACUUUGAGAAGAACUUCCACCUGCGGCGAUUCGUGUACACGACGCCCUUCACCCUGGAGGGCCGGCCCCGGGGGGACCUGCAGGAGCAGUACCAGCGCAACACGGUGCUCACCACGGGGCGCGCCUUCCCCUACAUCAAGACCCGCAUUGGCGUCAUCCAGAAGGAGGAGGUGGGUCCUGCGCCCUGGGCGGUCCUGCCCUGUGUGCACCGAAGGGUGCCAUGGGCCUGCACCAACAUGGCGGCUGCGGGCACAGUGCUGUGCCUCCUGCCCGGCAACCUCAGACUCUUCCGAUGGACGUCCAAGGGCCUCCAGAAAUCCAAGGCCUUCCCCACUUAUUUCGUUUUGCUCCGUCCUACGGCGGGAUCCAGUGUUCAGACACAGAAGUUGUGGCACCGUGUCCUCCCCCCGGGAUCCAAUAUCCCUCCCCAUGUCAGCAUCCUUUCUCACUUUUCCCACCAGGGACCCCUGGAAGUGGCCCAGGUGUUCCUGGCCGAAAUUCCAGCCGACCCAAAACUGUACCGGCAUCACAACAAGCUGCGGCUGUGCUUUAAGGAGUUCAUAAUGCGGUGUGGUGAGGCCGUGGAGAAGAACAAGCGGCUGAUCGCGGCCGACCAGCGCGAGUACCAGCAGGAGCUGAAGAGGAACUACCACAGGCUGAAGGAGAGCCUCCGGCCCAUGCUGGAGCGCAAGAUCCCGGAGCUCUACAAGCCGCUGUUCCGAGUGGACAGUCAGAAGAGAGACUCCUCCCACAGAUCCAGCUUCAGGAAAUGUGAGACCCAGCUGUCACAGGGCAACUAAGAAGAGCCGUCUUCACCUGGGGAGGACAGCCCCCCGCCCCAGGCAGACCCCGCCGGGAUGCUUUGGGGGCCAUGGACCUCAGGAAUC